AUGGCAAACAAAGGGCCCUCAUACGGAUUGAGCAGGGAGGUGCAGCAGAAGAUUGAUCAGAUGUACGACCCGGAUCUGGAGCGCAUCUUGGUGCAGUGGAUCAUUUCCCAAUGCGGGUUGGCACCCGGCGACGACACUCCUCCCACUUCAGGGGUAAAAGAACCAGAGCAGGAAGGCCGAGAGGGCUUCCAGAAAUGGCUGAAGGAUGGCACGGUGUUGUGUAAACUUAUCAACAGCCUUAGUCCCGGGGCGGUGAAGAAGAUUCAGAAGUCUGGAAUGGCCUUCAAACAGAUGGAGCAGAUCUCUCAGUUCCUACAAGCUAGUGUGUUUUAUGGCCUAAACGCUGCUGACAUGUUCCAGACUGUGGAUCUCUGGGAAGGAAAGUCCAUGCCAAGCGUUCAGAGGACGCUCAUGAACCUGGGAGGACUUGCAGUCACAAAGAACGAUGGCUGCUUCAAAGGAGAUCCCAGCUGGUUCACCAGGAAAGCUCAAGAAAAUCGCAGAGAUUUCACGGAUGACCAGCUGAAGCAAGGCCAGAGCGUGAUUGGGCUGCAAAUGGGCACCAACAAGGGGGCAUCGCAGUCUGGCAUGACUGGCUACGGCAUGCCCCGCCAGAUCCUCUGA